CAUCCAUAUCUCAGUAUGUCUCACAGAAAGAGAGCGUCAGUGGACAGUAUACAGCAAAUCUGAGCUAAAACCAACUACACUUCAGAGAACACAAGAAAUGAGAGCAACCAUCAGACUAGUAUGCAAGGAAAAAUAUUUUUAGAAUUUUAGAAAUUCUAGAAGUUUGGAACAAGGAAUUAUAAUACUAACUUCAUUUCCAAAAAAACAAGGAGUGCAUGUUGUGUUCGUCAAUUCAACAAAAAGAAGAGGACUACUGGAGUCACACCAUCGGAUCAGGAUGAGCAUGAACAGCACACUGGAGAAGGGGGCUCAUCACCAGGCCCUCGACCUCUCUGAAGAGCUCCCAACCAACAGCCAUCACCACCAUCAUCAUCACAAUCACACCAGUCUCCAGCACACAAACUCCUUGGCCUCCACUGCGCCAGCCGGGACCCCAGUAGGUGGGUCUGGAGUGGUUGUGCCGCCACCUUACUCUGCUGCGGAAGCCGGGGGAGGUGAAUGUCCGCUGGAGCUCCGGGGCUCUCUGGACUGCUGGGCAUGUUCAGUGCUGGUGACAGCGCAGAACCUGGUGAUCGCAGCCAUCAACGCCUGCCUGGCCGGGUUGGUUUUCGGGCUCAUCCUAACUCCUGCUAUUGUCAUGGUGGUGUUUGGCUUCAUCUGUCAUUCAACGGUGCGCCCGCACGGUUCAUCACCAUACUGUUCGGAUCUACUGACUGACGGUGGCUGUGUGGCUCUGCUGGUCGUGGGUUUCUUGCUAGUGACUCCACUCCUGGUUCUGGCCUUGGCUGCGUACUGCCGGCUUGCCCGUCACCUUCAGCUGGGUCUGUGUUUUAUUCCGUACAGCCGUGCCGUCUACAAGAACCUUCCAGCUACCCAGCACCGUGGCUUGACAGGGGGCUGCUGUGGACAGCGAUCUGGGAAAGGAGAAGGGAAGGGGAAGGUGUGGGUGUAAAGGGAAAGGACUACACUUCUGUUGUACUAGAGAUAUGGAAUGUUGUGAAAGAACACUACACAUUAUAGACCAAAAAAUCCCCUCAUUAAAUAUUAUUUCAAUUUAUAUGACAGACAAAGAGAGGCAAGGAAUUCCCAUUUACUGAUUUCCUUUUUUUUAUUUUUUAUAGCCAAAUACACCAUGUUCGUCAAUUUCUGAUGCCUAUAUAUUUCAUGCAACUGUUAUAGCACAAUCAAUUUUAAUUAGUCAAUUUCAGUACUUGACAUUUAUAAAAUAAUCAAAUUCAAAUAUCCCAAAAUGAUGGUUAUGUACUCUUUGUAUAACACUAUUUGUCUUAUACAUAGUCAACACAUUUUUCUACAUUGUCAAAAAUAUUUCUAUAUUUUUUCUUAUAAAGUGUACAGUGUUGUGGAUUUCCCUUUUCUUUAAAUGUUAGGCCUAUAUACAAAUCAUUAAAUACUGUAAUUUCAGAACUGAUGGGCUGCUCUCCUAAUUUCGCACAAGAUUUAUUUAGACAAAAUAAACUUUACUCAUAAGCCCGAUUCAGAGGAUAGUUGUUUCUCAUGAGGAUGUGUUCAUGCGUAUUUAUUACUGAAAAAAAUACUGGAUUUACAAGAACAAUAUUUCAUAAUUUCUCCACCACAGCUAGUGGGAGCUGUUAAGAACAAAAAGAUGACAGACAAGCACAUAAAAUUUUAAAUGGGUCAUUAUUAUGGUAUGCAAUACAAUUUUAAAAUAUGUAGCCUAUUAUAUAGGGCCACAGAUUCAUACAUAAAAAUAUAAACCAAGCAGAUUUAUGUUUAACUUAUGCAUUAACUUAUUUCUGCUAAUCCCCACAUUUUUAAUGGCAUCC